AUGCCUCAACUCCCCAUCACUGCAGCGCGAAACCGCAGCAGAAGCCGCGGCUCCAUCUGCCGCAGCAGUAGCAACACCAGCAGCAGUAACAGCAGCAGCAGCAGCAGCAACGCCUUGAGCUGCAGGCUAGAUCUCAGGCAAAGGGAGGUGGGGCCCACAGCCCGGAGAGAACCCCUUUCAGCAGCGCGUAAUAGGCAGCAGCAGCAACAGCAGCAGCAGCUGCAGCAGCAGCAGCACAAAGACAGGGAUGCAAGGGCUACCGUAGCCCCCCCAGGUGCUGCGCCUGCUGCCACUGCAGCAGCAGCAGCAGCAGCAGCAGCAGCACCCGCCAAGAUGUUAUCCUGGAUAUCCAGGGGCCCCCCAGAGGGGGCCCUGCAGCAAAUUGACAAUGAGGAGCCUCCCAUGCUGACAGCCAGAGAAGGCUUCACGUACGGAGAGGCAGACGCAAGCCAGCAGCUAAGUCGUGAGCAGCAGCAGCAGCAGCAGCAGCAGCAGUACGGCUGCCCGCAGCAGCAGCAGCAGCGCUGGUACCCGCAGCAGCAGCAGCAAAUGGAAUCAGCAGCAGGCACCCCCGAUGACUUUUUUUCCCCACAGUCUGCCAGCCCAGCCUCUGAACAGACGCCGGAGUUGACGGAGCUGGAGCAGGACCAACUGCAGCAGCAGCAGCAGCAGCAGCCACAGCAGUGGUUGCCGCAGCAGCAGCAGCAGCAGCAACAGCGGCUGCCGCAGCAGCAGCAGCACCGCUCCUACUCCGCCUCAAAUUUUCACCAAAGUUCAACAGCUCAUCGUGUAGAGCAGAACUGCGGCCCUUACUCGGUCUGGUCCGACUCGCAGCAGCAGCUGCUGCGACAGCAGCAGCAGCAGCAGCAGCAGCAGCAGCAGCAGCAGCAACAGCAGCAGCAGCAAAAGCCGCACCCGGUUUCUGUGAGAGACUCUGGGCGCCACGCUGCCAACGACCCCUACUGGCUGCAGGAAGUGGCUGACCGCCUUUUGCACCAGCAGCAGGAAGAGCAGCUGCAGCAACAGUUGCUGCAGCAGCAGCAGCAGCAAUCGCAGCCACUAGAGCAGCAGCAGCAGCACAGGUACUGUUUCGGAGGACAGCAGGUGGAGGAUCUUCAAGUGUUGCAGACAUCCUGGCAGCAGCAACUGCAGCAGCAGCAACAGCUGUACGCGCAGCAAGAGCUGAGCCUGUCACAGCAGCAGCAGCAGCACAUGCAGCAGCAACAGCAGCAACGCCAGCAGCAAGAGCUGAAGCAGCUGCUGCCGCACAGGCCGGCAUGCACUGCUGCUUCUUACACAAGUCUCAGCAGAACCGCGUCACCUGAGCAGCAGCGAGGGCAGCAGGAACUGCAGCAGCAGCAGCAGCAGCAGCAGCAGCAGCAGCGGGAGCAUCUAGAGCAGCAGCAGCGGGAGGGAUUACAGCAACAGCAGGAAGCAUUGCGACAGCAGCGUCUUCAGAAGCAGCAGACAAGGCCCUACCAGCUUCAUCUGCAGCAGCAGCAGCAGCGGCAGCAGCAACAACAGCAGCGGCGACAGCAGCAACAGCAGCAACAGCAGCAACAGCAGCGCCCUCGCAUCACUACGAGGCAGCGGCUUCUAUCUCCACCUGUAGGCUUGGCUGUGCGGUGUCCCCAGCAGCAGCAGCAGCAGCAACAGCAGCAGCAGCAGCGAAGGCCUUCCUCGAGUCGAAGGGAGCCAGUAGGUACAGCCACCUCAGAAGCAGCAGCAGCAGCAGCAGCAGCAGCAGCAGCAGCAGGCAGGGGCCCCCAGAAAGGGGUGGUUAGUGCGCCUCGCCAGUCUAUGAGGCCCCCUUUGGGGCCCCCCCGCGCGUCAAGUGCUGUGGGACGCAGAAGCAGCACAGCUUCUGUAGCAGCAGCAGCAGCAGCAGCAGCAGCAGCAGGGGAAGACGCUGCAGCAAAAAAGCCCCGCAGCAUCUCCAUAGGGGCCCCCCCAGCCCGACAGCCACUCUCGGGGGGCCCCCGGGCCUCCCCCGCAAGCCAGAGGGCCCCCUUGCCUCAGCGGGGCGCAUGCAGCAGCAGCAGCCGCCUUAGGGGGGCCCCUGUUAGGCGCAGCAGCAGCAGCAGCAGCACUCUGAGGCCUUACCGACCCUCAGCAGCAGCAGCAGCAGCAGCAGCAGCAGCAGCACCUCUGGCCAGGGAAGCCCCCCUAUUUCGCACGGGGCAGCAAAAGGAGGCGCUUGCUGGCGGCCGCAGCGGGCAGCAGCAGAGCACUGCUGCAGCACAGAACGUGGAGUCUGCUGCUGCUGCUGCUGCUGCUGCUGCUGUUGCCGCGGCUGCUGCUAGUGUUCCUGACACUGCUGCUGCUGAAGCCGCAGGAACCGCUGGGCCUUGGGCAGCGUUGGCUGAGCCCUCACAAGAGCAGCCACAGCAGCAGCAGCAAGAGCAGCAGCAGCAGCAGCAGCAGCCGCAAAAUCAGCAUAUAUUUGGCGUCAAAAAUGUUUUGGGUGUCACGUGUCAAGAGCUGCAGCAACAGCAACAGCAGCAGCAGCAGCAGCAGCAGCAGCUGUUCAUGCCGCAGCAGAGCUAUCGGGAGCACUGGAAGGAGCAAGAGAUGGCCCUCAGACACUUCCCGCUGCAGCAACAGCAGCAGCAAAAGCAGCAACAGCAGCAGGAGCAGCAGCUGCUACUGCAGCAGCAGCAGCAGCUGCAGCUGCACCUGCAGCAGCAGCUACGUCACCGAGUGCCCCCGCUGCCUUCUAGGGGCCCCUAUCUUGCUGCGGGGCCCCCAGAGGGUCUGGGGGCCCCCUGGGGGCCCCCUGGUGGGCCCCCUCAGGGCUGCUGCUGGCCUUCAUACCCUCUUUUGGAUUCUUCAGAAGCUGAGCUGCAUGCACGGGGGUGGGGCCCCAACAUGUGGCCCCUAGGUGAGCCUUGGGGGGCCCCUCAGGGCCUGCUUGGGAGGCAGCAGCAGCAGCAGCAGCAGCAGCAGCAGCAGCAGCAGCCACUGUCUGUCAGUCGCGCCCUCAGCGCCAUGGGGGCCUCCGCGUGGGGCCCCUUCUUACGCCGCCCCGGGGGGGAGGACAUGCCAGUGGGGCCCCCAGCUGAGUCAGCAGCAGCAGCAGCAGCAGCAGCAACAGCAGCAGCAGCAACAGCAGCAGCAGCGGAAGGACUGACGCAGCGGCAGCUGCAAGCACAACGGCUGGAUGCUCCAAUGACGCCUGCGCAGCAAGACAACCUGCAGCAGCAGCAGCAGCAGCAGCAACAGCAGCAACAGCAGCAGCAGCAACAGCAGUCCCAGCAGCAGAAGGAGCCCCACAAAGGCUUGAAUGGGGCUCGCGCUGCCUCUAAGAUCCCGCUGCCGCCAGUGAGGCGGGCAAGCAGCAACAGCAGCAGCAGCAGCAGCAGCAGCAACAGCAGCAGCAGCCGUUACCUGGACCGGCAGGAGCAGCAGCGGCAGCAAACCCCACAAGCUGCGCCUGCAGCAGCUGCAGCAGCAGCUGCAAGGGUGGCCUCCAGCAGCAGACGGCGCAGCUCAGCCAUCCCGCCAGCAGCAGCAACAGCAGCAGCAGCAACAGCAGCAGCAGCAGCAGCAGCAGGAGCUCCAAGGAACGGAAGGCGGUGCAGCCAGCAGCUGUCAGCAGCAGCAGCAGCAAAUGCUCCCAGGGGGCCCCCCCUGCCUCGUCCUUUGGAAGCAGCAGACACAAAAGGGGGCCCCCGAAGGGCCCCCGGGGGGCCCCCCAGUAGGGGUUCAGAGGGGCCCCCAUUAUGUGGGGGGCAGCAGAUUCCAAAAGCCCUUCUCACCCCACAAACAGCAGUACCCAAAGUUGACAAGGCAGCUCAGGGGCCCCUGGGGGCCCCCGGGGGGCCCCCCCGCCCCGUGUCAUUCUUCAAGUGGCUGGAGCAGGUGGAGCAGCAGGAGCAAAAGGACAGCAGCAGCAGCAGCAGCAGCAGCAGCAGCAGCAGCAGCAGGUGCAUGACUGCGGUGACGACGGCCGAUGGAGACAGCGAGCUGCAGUUUGCUCAGGAGACAGAAGCAGAAGAAAAAGAAAAUAUAAAUUUGAACUGCAGCAGAGCAGCAGCAGCAGCAGCAGCAGAAGCAGCAGCAGGAGCAGCAGCAGAAGCAGCAGCCGAAGCUCCGCGGGCGUACCUGCAGGCCUCCGAUUUCGCCCCGUGCGAUUUGCUGCUGGGGUUGGGGCGCACAAGCGAGGUCGUGCUUGCCCGCUGCGUGGGGGGCCCCCUGCUGCUGCAGCUGGAGGAGGAGGGUACAGUUGGGGGCCCCCAGGGGGCCCCCCCUUUUGUUGCUUUGAAAAUAUUGCAGAAGUGCAAAAUAGCGGAACUGGGGCUUAGAGAGCAAGGGCUUCCGGCGGCGCUGCAGCGCAAGAAGCAGCAGCAGCAGCAACAACAACAGCAGCCGCACCAGCAGCAGCAGCAACAACAACCGCAGCAGCAGCAGCAGCAGCAACAACAGGCGCAGCAGCAGCAGCAGCGGCAGCAGCUGGAGUGGAAUGGGGUUGGGGUUUGCGGCUGUGCUGCUGUUGAGGUGUACAGACACCCCAACGUGGUGCGGUUUUGGGGCUCUUUUGAAGACAGAGAACAUUUGGUGUUUGUUCUUGAAUAUGCCAACAGAGGGACUCUCCGACACAGAUUCAGGUUUGCUGCUAGGGUUUAG